AGCACCAUAGCUCGUACGCUAAUCCCGUGCACCUAACGUAAUAUCCAUUGAAGUGCGCCCGCAGUUUUCGUAGUAUCGAUGGUGAAUAGUUGCUGCUGCGGCAACGGGAGGAGGAGCAGAAGCCGCGGAAGAGGAGAGCUAGCAGUGGUAGCUAGUACAGCGGAGGUUUAGGAUUCGGUUUUUACCUUUUUACUCUGACUUGCGCGUACAGAGCUCCCUAAAACAGAGCGGGGUUGGGAAAAUAAAGUGAAAAUGGCGGCCGCGGCCUCGCCGGGCUCCUGCUCGUCCACCUCCUCAGACUGGGUUGUGCUGAGAGACGGUUGCCUGCGUUGCGACGAGGAGGGCCUGCGAAGCCUCUCCUAUCAUCCGGCCCUGAACGCUAUCCUGGCCGUCACAAGCCGGGGGAGUAUCAAAGUAAUCGACGGCACCUCUGGUGCUAUAUUGCAGGCCUCGGCUUUGCACGCUAAACCCGGGGGACGUGUGAGAUGUCAGUAUUUCCCGGCAGUAGACAAGGUCCUGUUUGUGGACGACUAUGCGGUGGGUUGCCGGAAGGACUUGAAUGGCAUCCUGCUGCUGGACACGGCCCUCCAGGCCCCUGUCUCCAAACCAGAGGACUUGGUCCAGCUGGAGCUGCCUGUCACCGAGGCCCAGCAGGUGCUGUUAGCAUGCCUGGAGAAGGUGGACGUGUCGAACAGCGAGGGAUUCGAAAUGUUCCUCACUCAGCUCAAAGAGGGCCUGAAGAAUACCUCACAUGAGACGGCCGCCAACCACAAAGUGGCCAAGUGGGCGACAGUGACUUUCCAUCUCCCGCACCACGUGAUCAAGGUGGUGGCCAGUGCCAUCGUGAACGAGCUGAAGAAGAUAAACCAGAACGUUGCUGCCUUGUCUGUGGCCUCGUCCAUCAUGGACAGGCUGUCCUACCUCUUACCGAGUGCCCGGCCCGAGUUGGGGGUGGGGCCCGGACGCUCUGUAGAUAGAUCCUUGAUGUACAGUGAGGCAAACAGGAGAGAAACGUUCACGUCCUGGCCACAUGCUGGCUAUCGCUGGGCACAGCCAGACCCCAUGGCCCAGGCAGGCUUCUACCACCAGCCUGCCUCCACGGGCGAUGACCGGGCCAUGUGUUUCACCUGUAGUGUUUGCCUGGUGUGUUGGGAGCCCACAGACGAGCCAUGGUCGGAGCACGAGCGACAUUCCCCCAAUUGUCCAUUUGUGAAGGGCGAGCACACGCAGAAUGUUCCGCUGUCAGUAACCCUGGCGACCAGCCCGGCACAGUUCCCCAGUCCGGACGGCUCCGACAAGAUUGCCUGCUACGGCUUCGGCAGCUGCCCGCACUUCCUGGCUGCCGCCACCAAGAGGGGCAAGAUCUGCAUAUGGGACGUGUCCAAGCUGAUGAAGGUGCACUUGAAGUUUGAGAUCAACCCAUACGACCCAGUGAUCCUGCGCCAGCUCUUCCUGUCGAGCAGCGAGCAGACCCUGGGCCCGGAGUCCAGGAGGCCCACCCUGGCCUGGCUGGAGGACUCGUCCAGCUGCUCGGACCUGCCAAAACUAGAGGGGGACAGUGAUGAUCAGUUGGAGGACUCAGACAGCGAAGAGCAUUCCAGAUCGGAGUCAGUCACAGGUCACCCGUCUCAGAAGGAGAGCCUGGAUGUCAGUCUGGGCGUGACGGCGCUCAGCGUGCUGCAGCAGCCCGAGAAGCUGCAGUGGGAGGUGGUGGCCAGUGUGCUGGAGGACACCGUCAAGGACCUGGAGGAGCUAGGGGCCAACCCCGCGCUGGCACAGGCCAAGGCCGACAAGGCCAAGGAGAAGCCAGCCGAGCAGCACAACAUUCCCUUCCCCUGCCUGCUGACGGGAGGCCUGCUCAGCUACCGCUCGGCCGCCAGCUCCCCUCUCGCCGGGGGCCCUUCCUUGACCCCGGCGCGGCGGCCCCCGCCCCCUACAGCCGACGGACCCUUAAGGACUCAGGUCCCUGAGGCCACCCCCCUCGUGGUCGUCGCCCCUGACCAGGGUCCCAUGGAGAUUGAGACCUGCCACCCCACCCCUGAGCUGGGCUCCCCCAGCCUCCCCAUCUACCCCAUCCGCAGGACUAUCCCCGUGCUGCUACUGUACAGCAUCAAGGAGGCGGACGAGAAGGCCACGGGCAAGGUGUUUGCGCAGAUGAACAACCUGAUGGGCAAGAGCCUCCACGAGGAAGGCUUCACCGUGCCACAGAUCAUCGAGAUGGAGUUCGACUCGCACGAGCAGCUGCUGCUCCAGGACCCGCCCAUCACCUACAUCCAGCAGUUCGCCGACGCCACCGCCAACCUCGGCCCCGUGGACGUCCCCGACAAGUGGGGCUCGCAGGCGCCGAGGCCCGGCGCCCUGGUGCAGUGCUUGCGGCUGCCCAAGGAGCUGGAGGACGAGAACCUGUACGUGGACUCCAUCACGCCCUGCAGCGACGGCCUGCACCUCCUGGUGGGCCUCCAGCCCUGCUCGGUGGAGUCGCUCAGCGCCAUCAACCAGGUCGAGGCGCUCAACAACCUCAACCGCCAGCGCUCGGCCCUCUGCAGCCGCGGCCGCAAGGACGAGCUCCAGGCUCUGCCCAUGCUGGCCAACGGGCACGAGGGCACCCACGGGGCCUCCUCGCCCCAGCAGACGCCCCUCAUCCUGCCCCCCGACCAGCAGCAGCAACAGCAGCUGCCCUCGUCCCGGGCGUUUGGUGGCAGCCCGGGUAGCGGCGGCGGCGGGUACCUGGUGCUGUACAAGCUAAACUACUCCACGCGCAUCGUGACGCUGGAGGAGGAGCCGGUGAAGGUACAGCACAUCCGCGACCCUCGCGACGCCGUCACCUCACUCAUCCUGCUGCCCGCGGACGUGCUGGACGGACGGGAGGAAGACUGCGAGGACACCUCGGACGACACGACGACCGGCGUCAAGAACGGCCCCGGCGCCGGUCCAAACGGCAGCACGGCCACUGGCGGCGCUCACGGUACCAACACCACCUCGUCCGCUGCAUCUGCGGCCAAGGAGAAGCUGGUGGUGACCACGCAGGCCGGCUACAUCAUGGUGCUGGACCUGGCCACGCUGGAAGUGCUGGCCAAGGUGGAGCCGGCCGUCAAAGAGGGUGGCGAUGAGGUGGACCCUUUUGUCUCGGUCACCUACUGCUCGGGGACUGACCGCCUUUGCGCCUGCACGAAAGGUGGAGAACUUCAUUUCCUUCAAAUUGGAGGUGUGUUUGACGAUAUAGAUGACGCCGACAUUUUUGUCGAUGGCCCCCUUUCUAAAGGGGUGGAUCAGCUGUUUGAAGGGACGAAGCCGUCCUCAAACCCCUCGAGCCCAGGGAUCACAGCAGGAAUUGACCUUCUGGUGGACCAAGUUCUGGGCGUGGAGACCCUGUCGUCUCUGGUGGAGCUGACACGGUUUGAGACUCUGACGCCACGCUUCUCGGCCACGGUGCCGCCUUGCUGGGUGGAGGUGCAGCAGGAGCAGCAGCAGCGCCGACACCCACAGCACCUGCACCAGCAGCACCACGGAGAUGCUGCACAGCACACACGCACAUGGAAGCUGCAGAACGACAGCUCUAGCUGGGAUGAACACGUGUUUGAGCUGGUGCUGCCCAAAGCGUGCAUGGUGGGCCACGUGGACUUCAAGUUUGUGAUGAACGCCAACAUUACCAACAUUCCUCAGAUCCAGGUCACCCUACUGAAGAACAAGGCCCCAGGAUUAGGCAAGGUCAACGAGACAGCGGUGGACAGGCAGAUCAUGUUCCCCUUGUCCCAGGCCCUGCACACAAACGGUGAGAGGAAUGGGCCGCCUCUCCUGCACGACUUUGUGGAAGACAUCCAGGGCAUGGACAUCGAGGAGUCACCAGGUUCUAGGCUUUGUCCUUUUCUUGAGGACCACAAGGAGGACAUCCUCUGUGGCCCUGUGUGGUUGGCCAGUGGCCUCGACCUCUCCGGCCAUGCUGGGAUGUUGAGCUUAACAAGUCCCAAGCUGGUCAAAGGUAUGGCGGGGGGAAAGUACCGCUCGUUCUUGGUUCACAUUAAGGCCGUGAGCGACAAGGGCAUGGAGGAGAACCCGCGGCCAGUGGUCAGGAUGCCUUCCAAGCCCCAGAGCAGCAAAGCCCAGUCCCUCUCCUCUCUGCUGCAGCGGGCCCAGGCCUCCAAGGAAAAAGCCUCCACAUCUAAAGUGGACCCUCCACCAGCAUCAAAGAAACCAGAUAACCUGCGUGGCUGUGACCUGCUGCAGGAAGUGUCAAUCACAAUCAGAAGGUUCAAAAAGACCUCCAUUCCCAAAGAAAGAAUCCAGCGCUGUGCAAUGCUGCAGUUCCCAGAAUUCCAUGAGAAGCUGCUGAACGGCUUGUGUAAGCGCUCGGAUGAGACGGCCAGCACUGAGCAUGCCCAGAGUCUCAUCCUGGACAUCCUCUGCUGGCUGGCUGGGGUUUACUCAAACGGACCUUGCAGUCCCAGAGAGGGAAAGGAGGGCCUCCUCACUAAGACCAGGAAGCGGCUCAUAGACAUAGUCAGAGUCUGCUUCUUCCAGACGGGCCGAAGCAUAGCCCACAAAUGCGCACGCUUUCUUGCACUUUGUAUUAGUAACGGUAAAGGAGACCCUGGACAGCAGGGAUUUGGUAUGGCUCUGCUGAAGGCUCUACUGGAGAAUAUGCCUUACUUACCUGCAGCAGCUACUGGUGGUGCAGUGUUCUGGUACUUUGUGCUGCUGAACUAUGUAAAGGAUGAGGACCUGGCGGGCUGCAGCACGGCGUGUGCCUCCCUGCUCACGGCCGUCUCCCGGCAGCUUCAGGACCGGCUCACUCCCCUGGAGGCCCUGCUGCAGACCAGGUAUGGGCUGUACAGCUCCCCCUUUGACCCCGUGCUCUUUGACCUGGAGGUGAGCGGCUCCUCCUGUAAGAAUGCCUUCAACAGCAGCAUUGGAGUCCAGUCUGAUGAGAUCGACCUGUCAGACAUUCUCUCAGGGAAUGGUAAGGUGAGCAGCUGUGCCGCCGCUGAGGGCAGCUUCACAGCCCUGACGGGGCUGCUGGAGGUAGAGCCUCUGCAUUUCACCUGCGUCUCCACUAGUGACGGUACUAGGGUGGAGAGGGACGACGCCAGCAUGUUCACCGUGAGCACGUUCGGGGUGACCCCCGGGGUGGGCGGUCUGUCGGCGGGGUCGGUCGGCGAGGCGUCCACGGCGCUGAGCUCGGCGGCCCAGGUGGCGCUGCAGUCGCUGUCCCACGCCAUGGUGUCAGCCGAACAGCAGCUGCAGGUCCUGCAGGAGAAACAACAGCAGCUGCUCAAGCUGCAGCAACAGAAAGCCAAGCUGGAGGCCAAGCUGCACCAGACCACCUCAGCGGCGGCUGCCGCUGCCGCGUCCGGUGUGGGCCCCAUCCACAACUCCGUGCCUUCCAACCCCUCUGCCUCCGCCUCCAGUGCCCCAGGCUUCUUCAUCCACCCCUCCGACGUCAUCCCGCCCACGCCAAAGACCACCCCCCUCUUCAUGACCCCGCCCCUGACGCCACCCAACGAGGCCGUGUCGGCGGCCAUCAGCGUGGAGCUGGCGCAGCUCUUCCCCGGCUCCAUCAUCGACCCACCCACCGUCAACCUCGCCGCACACAACAAGAACUCCCACAAGGCCAAGCCGAAUCCCAUGGGCAGUGGACUGGCAUUAGCCAUCUCUCAGGCCUCCCACUUCCUGCAGCCUUCCCCUCACCAGUCUAUCAUCAUAGAGCGCAUGCACUCAGGUGCGCGGAGGUUCGUGACUUUAGACUUUGGGCGGCCAGUGCUCCUGACGGACGCUCUGAUCCCCACCUGCGGGGACCUAGCCUCACUGUCCAUCGACAUCUGGACGCUGGGCGAGGAGGUGGACGGCCGGCGGCUGGUGGUGGCCACCGACAUCAGCACACACUCCCUCAUCCUGCACGACCUGCUGCCCCCGCCCGUCUGCCGCUUCAUGAAGAUCACUGUGAUUGGCCGCUACGGCAGCACCAAUGCCAGGGCCAAGAUCCCAUUGGGCUUCUACUACGGCCACACCUACAUCCUGCCGUGGGAGAGCGAGCUGAAGCUGAUGCACGACCCCCUGAGGGGGGAGACUGACGCGGCCAGCCAGCCUGACGUGGACCAGCACCUGGCCAUGAUGGUGGCGCUGCAGGAGGACAUACAGUGCAGGUCAGAGGUCACGGGA